UUUCACGGACAAAAUGACUUCAAUUCACUGAUCUGAGUGGCUGCAUACAAGGAUAAACAAACGACUUGUCAAAAUUUUCAAGCUCGCCCACACCAACGUCGCAGCCAGUUAUCAUACCCACAUUCAGCCCUCUCAUCAGAUUGAAAUAUAACCAUGCCUGGCAGCAACGAGAACCUACCACCUGCAGGGCCAACUGCAGCAGCGAAGAAAAACGGGGCUGCACCAAGCAACCCAUCAGUAUCUUCUGGACUCGGUGGAGCAGGUAGAGGGCCGACGGCAGCCAAAACAAUGACUCCGAUGACUCCAGGUUCGAAAGCCCCAAAUAAAAAUUUAACAAAGCAAGUGCAUGGGUAUCGUGAAUGACAAACAAUAUUUCGGUGCAGCAAAGAUCUUGCAACUUGAGGAAGCAGAGCAGGCAGCCAAGCUCGCAGCUGCAGAGGCAGAAGCUGCCAAGAAAGUUGCGGAAGAGAAGAUCAGAAACUCCCGUGUCGAUCCUAUGCAUGAGCUCAUUCAGAAACCAACCACUGCCGAAAUGAAGGACUCGGGCAGCAGAGGCCGUCUGCUCAAGGCAAUGAAGCUGGAGAACAAUAAAGCGGAAUAUCUUGCAAUUCAGACCACAGUUCACGAGCUGUGCUCACGUGUGGAUCUGGACUUUAAGGUGUUGUACAAUGCUCAACCCACGAGCAGCCUCGCGAAACUGUUUAAAUUGGCACGACGGGACCACCCUCACCUUGAGAAGUUUCAGAAUGAUUGGGCGACAGCGGAGUUGGUUAAACAAUUCUUGCAGAACAAACGGAAGGCAAACAAAAAACGAAAGGCAGGUGCCACUGUGGGUACUCGAAACAACAAACGGAGUCGAUUCGAUGACUCGGACGACUCAGAUGGAGAAGUAGGAGAAGGAAGUGGAUCUUGUGAGCGUGAGAUAGCGGGUGAUGAUGACGAAGAUUUGGGCGCUUGAGCGGAUUUUGUGCGGAUGCGCGCAAGAUGCUGACGAGUCGAUUGGUUAAUUAACCAUGGUGAAAAGUAACAUUUUCGCUAGUCGUUCAAACCACGAUAGAGUCCAAUGAAACUGGUUUAGAUCACCCAUACAAGUUGUAUACUAAACUAGCGGAGCGAGUGAGGUUCACCAAUGAU